CAGAUGUAAUUUUCAUGGUCCAUUAUCAGAGUGAAAUUUCAGAUGCCCUUCAUUUGCCGUUGUUUAUUUUAUGUUGUUAUUUUUUCUUAUUUUCUUGGUCGACUCAGCAAGUAAAAACGGACAGCUAUAAGUUAAACCCAACUAAGAGUCCAUUGUGCGUUUGUUAUCACAAGGUAUUUACUUUUGAACAGAGCGCUGGAGAAGGAAAGCGAUCGAAAAUAGCCUGAUGGAUUUUGCGAACAAAAAUGAUUCGAAAUAAAUUACACCGGUGAUAAACUAAGCUUAUUGGUGGUUUUGAUACGGCAAAGUUGUAAAGUGUAUGGUUUUAUAUGAUCUAAGUUAAUAUUGUGAAAUGGAUUAGAAAUGAGUGAUCGAUGACCGCUUACAGUAUUGUGUGUCGUAAGAGAUCGGGGAGGAAAUUGACACGAACAGCUGAUUUUUAACCUUGAGAUCUUUUAAAAGUGUUGUUCUUAAAAAUCAUUUGUGCGAGAUUUGUGUUAAAAAAGUGUGUUAGUUUGAACAUCCAUUAUGUGAUAAUUCAACUUCUAAGAGGACAGAAGUGGGAUCCCCAAGUUCCUCCUAUGGAUAAAUUUCAGGAGAGCCGGCUCUACCGAACAGUUCCAAGGAGCGCGCGCUCCAGCCCCCGGCGUGGAACCCCGGAGACCAGCCGGAAUGGGUCCCUCUCCAGACCCCAGCAGUUCUUGAUGACCCCCGACCAAAUCAACGGCCAGGUGUCCGGGGAGGGAAUCUACAGACGCCGGUCAUCGAUUGCAAUCCGAGCGGUGAAGGCUGUGGAACAUGUCGCUCGGCGGAUGUCAACUCCUAGUUUUACCAUCGAUAAAAUCGAAGAGAAUUUGGACAAAGAAAUAAAAGAGGAGCUAGAGAAAGAAGACGAACAAGGACUGAGGAAAAUACUGCAGAGUUCGUGUCAGGACAUUCUACACAGUAAGAAGGUGUUGCUGUUGAUCGUCCUGCUGAACAUUCUCGACUGCCUGCUGGUUCUGGCCGGGCUUAUUCUGGACAUUAACUACAUCAAAGAAAUGUUGAAUGCCACGAAGAAACUGACAAAGAAGUUUACUUCUGCUCUCAGGGACAAAUAUCCGCGGAAGUUCAUAGAUCUGAGUCUGUAUGACAUACACGAGUUUUACAACGCACUUCUUACCCAGCCCUUCAAUUGCAACAGGUCUCUAACAUAUUCAUUGCCAGUGACGAACUUCACACAUUCCGGAAUUUCAUCGAACAUAACCAGAGUCGUGUACAAUAACGAAACGAAAGACAAUCUAUUCACUGUGGAGGAUUUACCGUCAUUUCUGACUCGUCAUCACCAAAAACAUCAAAUUGAAACCGACAUCGCCCAUGGUUUCCAUAAAGCUAGCAUUGCCAUUUUAGCCAUUCUAUCAGCCUUGGUUCUUCUCAAAGUAUUUUGUUACGGAAAACAAUUAAUGAAGAGAAAAAUGGAGAUGUUUGAUGGCGUGGUCGUGAUAGCCUCGUUCAUCCUCGAUAUCGUCUUCAUUAAAGGCCUAACGGUCUAUCCCCUGGAGGAGACUGUUCAGAUACUGGCCUUCCUAAUGCCGUGGCGGGUCAUUCGUGUUGCCAAUAGUUUGGUAAUGGCAGUUUUAGACCAAGCACACCUUCAACUAAAAAUGGUGUAUAAAGAGAAAAAAGCCAUAGAAGAAAAGCUAGAAAUAUCAGAUGACAAUAAUAGAUACAACAAAGACGUAGUGAACGCCCUACGUGGACUAUGUGAGAUGGAGGGAAUUCCAAGUUAUAAAGUUCUAAAAACGAUAUGCUCAUGUGAAUCACCGAGCAAAAAGAAGAAAAAAGACGGCAGCUUAAAAAAGAAGAUUACGAAAAAGGUCAAUUGUUUAGGCUCCGGAGUUGACCGAGGUUCCUGUCCCUACGGCAACAUUCCGGAUAUGAACGAAGUUACGUUAGAACAUUUGAAUCGUAUCGCAAACAAGGCAAACUUUAAGUCGACAUUUGAAGAUGUAAACGAAGCUUCUGAUUCGGAGGCUGAGAGUGGGUCUUUACUGGAUAAAAAUUACAACGAACCAUGAACACAUAUCUAUAUUAUGCAUUUAUAUCUUUUUUAUACUAUGAAAUAAAGUCAUUCGCCUUGUU